CUCUUACUGAGCCUGAGCGCAGAGCCGUCCGAAGCUGUUUUUAAGUAGGCUGAGGUUACCUAGCAGAGAAAUUCAAUCCCUGUUUACCUGUAACAUACAGACAGGUAGAAAUUAGGCCAACCUCAAGACUUGACCCGUUAGGGUUAUUAUUUGAUUCACAUACAUUUUCUUUGGUUGGCACGAGCGAUGUCAGGCAGUUGCGGGCGGAAUCCUCCUCCUUUCCCUGAAAAUGAAGAUCAGGAGGGUGAAUUAGACACUCGAGUGCUGGACAGCGACGAGUACGAUGAUGAAGGCGAGGACAUAUUCACCGGCGCGAGAAGUAAACCGAUCACACCGACAUCAGCUCCUGAUGAGGGCGAUAUCUUCAGUGAGGAGGGCUCUUACAUCAGGACCGAUGUCCAUCACGCAACUAAUGGCCUUCACUCUGAUGAAGAGCUGGAUCUGUUCACUGAGGCCACUGUCGAACUGACACUCACCAACACCACAAGUCAAGGCAGGAGAGAGAUUAUUGGCCCGACUGCAUCGGCUUGCAACACCUCACAUGUCCCUAAUUCCAUACUCAAAUCCAGCAUUGUCACCAAGAACAUGGAGGAGUUGGAGGAGGAAGAGAGUGGAGACCAGUUUGAGCUGAACAUCUCAGUCACAAACCCUGAGAAAAUUGGAGAUGGAAUGAAUGCCUACAUGUCUUACAAAGUUUCAACUCAGACUACACUGCCUAUGUUCCACAAUAAGACGUUCACAGUGCGUCGACGUUUCAGUGAUUUCCUGGGACUUUAUGAGAAGAUGUCAGCCAAACAUUCCUUGCUGGGCUGCAUCAUCCCACCUCCACCUCAGAAGAGCGUUGUGGGGAUGACUAAAGUGAAGGUAGGGAAGGAGGAUUCGUCCUCAGCAGAGUUUGUGGAAAAGAGACGAGCAGCGCUGGAGAGGUAUCUACAGCGAGUAGUGGCCCAUCCAUCUCUGCUGCAGGACCCAGAUGUUCGAGAAUUUUUAGAGAGAGACGAGUUGCCCAGGGCAGUAAAUACUCAGACUUUGAGUGGACCUGGCCUGCUAAAGAUGAUAAACAGAGCGUCGGAUGCAGUGAAUAAGAUGACCAUAAAAAUGAACGAAUCAGAUAAUUGGUUUGAGAGCAAGCUGCAGGAGGUGGAGAAUGAGGAGCAGCUGCUGAGGAGGCUGCAUGCUGCUGUUGACUCAUUAGUAAACCACAGGAAAGAGUUGUGUAGUAACACAGCGGUGUUCAGUAAGAGUGUGGCCAUGCUGGGCAGUGUGGAGGAGAACUCUGCAUUGUCUCGUGCGCUGUCACAGCUGGCGGAAGUGGAGGAUAAGAUGGAGCAGCUGCAUCAGCAACAGGCCUUCAGCGAUUUCUUCAUCCUCGCCGAGCUCCUGGCCGACUACGUCAGACUCCUGGGGGCCGUGAGGUGCUGUUUUGAGCAGAGGAUGAAAGUAUGGCAGCGUCUGCAGGAAGCUCAGAGCACACUUCAGAAGAAACGAGAGGCUGAGGCCAAACUGCUCUGGGCAAACAAACCUGAGAAACUGCAGCAGGCUAAAGAUGACAUAAAUGAGUGGGAGUCUAAAGUCAGUCAGUAUGAGAGAGAUUUAGAAAGAGUCACCUGUACUGUGCGCAAAGAAGUGCUCAGAUUUGAGAAAGAGAAAGCCAGAGACUUCAAACAGCACAUAGUGAAAUACCUGGCGUCCCUUCUUCACACACAGCAUCGGCUGGUGAAGUGUUGGGAGGCCUUCCUGCCUGAGGCCAAAGCCAUCGCCUGAUCCGAGCCUUACCUCACACGCUCCUGAACUUUGACCUUGAAAACAGACAAUCAACAUUUCCCUUCUGAUUUACUUUACUCUCUGUGUAUCAAAUAACAUGUACAUCUUAAUGGCUGUCCAUCAAAAGGUUAAUGCCUAGAUUGUGACGGUAAACCCAUGCAGUGACCCGUGCCACUGUUGACAAUUGAAUGUUGAGGUUAAAGGUUAAAGGUCAGAGCGGCAUUUAAAAAAGAGCAAGCUUAAUGGGGUGCAGCAAAAAUAGUUUUUUAUGUGUGCAUGUGUGUUUAGUGUUAUCCUUAAUGUUUUUAAUGGUGCUUAGCAUGUGAAGUGUUCUAGUAGAGACAUUAAACCGCUUUUAAGAUUGCUGAGUCUCAUUUUCUGUGUGUCAUGGAAGUGCACAGAGGUGAGACUGAACAUUUGGAGUUUGUAAUCCAUUCCAGAUAGUAAAGAAAAACACUUGAGAUGUUCCCAGGGUCACUCAACCCAGCCUGAUGUUGCACCAAGAAGUUAAGAAUAUGAUAAAGACAAAAGAAUGAAUGAACCCCACUACAGAAAGGGAAAAUGGUUGGUGUCUUUUGAACGAAGUUUCAUAAUUUGUGUUGUGAGUUUUUACUGACUUUUUUUAUGUUCUCAAACAAUGCACUGAUCUGGACUGGUCCAGAUAAAGGUCUACUUAUAGGUGGACAAACAUUCCUAUUAAAAAAUCUAUAUGAACUUGUCAAAACGUACAUUAAUUGCAAAAUGGUGUAAUUCAUUUUGGGGUGAAUGUGUAAAAACAUUUGCAGUGUGGAUGCUUUCAGUCUUGUACAUUUACACACUUCUGGUGUGUUCAUGAUAUCGCACUACCUGGAGAAACCAGGGGCCUUGUUUAUAAAACACACUUGAUCAGAUUUAAUCCUUAAUUCCAUAAAUUUCAUUCUAGGUCCUAAGUGUGAAAUCGGGAUUUAUACAAUAUGCAUAUGCGUAGCUGAUGUGCUUGUUCACAAGAACAUUUUGCGCAUACAGACGUUUUAUAAAUCAUUCAUGGGAACAUUUCGGAAAUAUGUUCACAUUUAGGACCAUUCUAUGCAUGUCUUUAUAAAUUAGGCCCCAAGUCUUCAAAUAACAUAGAUAUUGAGGGGACCCCCAUAUUCAAAACAGAGGUAUAUUUGUUUUUUACACCAGUAGUCAACUUUGGAUUAUAUUAUUGGUAGAAAUCUUUUUUAUUUUUCUUCUCCAUUUUGACUAUUAACAAGAUGUUAAUGACCUAUUACAUGUGACAUGCAUUUAAAACCGUUGUCCUGUCAAACAUUAUUUGUCUAUUUGAUGAAAAUAAAAAGGAUUUAAAAAAAAAUGUUAUCUGUUUCAGUUAAGUACAUCUCAAAGCAUCACAAUUUCAUCAACUAGUCAAUACAGCAGUUCUAUAUUGAGAUGUGCACUGACACAUUGAAA